CGUCAUGAUGGUUGGUGCUGUGGCCGCGUACAAGAACAACUUGCUAAAACAGUUUAAUCACGGUGUGUAUGCGUUGGGCCCAAAAAUUAAUGCGUGAGUGAAAGAUCGUGAUUGCAGGUUGGUGAAUUUAAGGUGGAAUAUUGUGGCAAAAAGUGGUUCAAAAUCAUUUAUCUGUAUGGAUGUCUGAAAACCCCCUGUUUGGCCCCAUGUGAAAGGGUGCAAAGUGCAAAAAGCGUCGCUCUAGUUGUGUUUGUGCGUGUGUGUAUGCGGUACUGUGGCUUAUCAGCGUGUUCGUGUGUUUGUGUGAUUGUGCAGGAAGCUCAAAAAAGGAAUCGUGAUCCUGCGGUUUGAUUCGAUAUUUGAUCAGUUCCGUUCGUGGUCUCCGAUGCCGAUGAAAAAUCAAAGCAUUCGUGUGAGUUAUUGCGGGCUAGCGGCAAGAAUUGUGCGGAAAUUGUGAAGUGAAAUACAUACGGGAACGGCAGUGAAGGCAGUAGGAGACAGCUGGUACGAAAAAUCGGAGUAAAACGCCAACACGCAUCGUCCGUAGUAUUGUUUAGCUGCUUUCUUCCGUGUUCGCCGCCAGGACGACGUGGCCAAGACGACGACGGCACAUUCGCGCUUCAGAUCACGGCACGAUCGGCGGCGGCCAUUCGGUACCGGCUGAUCGGGUGAAAAAAUGCAUCUGAAAUGUGGAUUACUGCUACUUUUUACGCUGCUGCUCCUCAACGACAUCGAAAGUGGUUACGUAAGAGAAUCAAGAAAAGCACGACCCCUCAACGAGUACAUAUCGCACUACGAAAAGUUAAGCUACGAUCAUGAGCAUCUGCAUGCUAGUCACAGCCGGGCAAAACGAUCGGUCACCAAAGAUCAUUACGUACGUCUUAGCUUUACCGCACACGAUCGACAUUUUAACAUUAGACUUAAACGCGAUCUCAGCACAAUAAGUGAUAAGUUAGAGAUACACACCGACAAGGGGCCGGCGCAGGUUGACUCGUCCCACAUCUAUCAUGGCGAGGUGAUCGGCGAUCCGGGUAGCUACGUAUUCGGUUCGAUAUUCGACGGUGUGUUCGAGGGAAAGGUAAUCACCUCGGAGGAUGAGUACUAUGUCGAGCGGGCGAAGCAUUACUUUCGCGAAUCGUCCAAUCCGGAUACGCAUCCGUUGCAUCACAUCGGUGACGAUGAGCCACCGUUCCAUUCGGUGAUCUACAAGGAACAGCACGUGGACGAUCCUUACCGGCACCGGAGGAAAGGACAUCCGUCCGGAUGUGGUGUGCACGAUGAGGUUUCGGCGUGGAUGGAUCGAGUCCAGAAUUCGGCUGUUGAUGAGGAUGAACCCGAUAACGAAGAGGCGGAACAGGAGGAGGAACAGGCACAACAAGACGAGGAAACAUCGCUGGAAGAUAAGCAACAGCGACAGCAGCAAAACGUAAGCAGUUUCGGCCAACAACAGCAACAAGAACCUUUAGCAGCUCAGAACAAGCAUAAAUCAAAUGCCAAAGCUAAGCGACGGUCGGCAUCGUUCGAUAAGGACACGCGACCCGAUAUCGGCGGUAACGAAAUUCCCAUCGAAACUGGGUACGAGUUUAAGUAUCCGUACGAAAAAUACUCAAAGGCAGCCAAUUGGCGAGCCGCGGGCGAAAGCGCAACCGACUCGGAAUGGCACUGGAAAGCACACGAGCGGGUCCGGCGAGCGGCCCGACCGAAGGAAGACUAUCGGAACACUUGCUCGCUGUACAUUCAGACUGAUCCAUUGCUGUGGAGUCACAUACGUGACAGCAUCGUUAGUCAUCUACACAGGGCGCGGCGUACCGAGCUAGAGGAGAAAACGCGCGAAGAGAUCCUGUCGCUGAUCAUACAUCACAUCACUGCCGUAAACUACAUCUAUCGCAAUACCAAGUUUGAUGGGCGGGUAGAACAUCGGAACAUCCGGUUUGAGGUCCAACGUUUGAAGAUAGACGACGAUUCGUCGUGUGGUGAAAACCACCAUGAAGCUCCGAGUCCACUGUGUAUGGAAAACAUCGACGUUUCCAAUUUUCUCAAUCUACACUCGCUCGGCAACCAUGAGGCGUUCUGUUUGGCGUACGUGUUUACCUACAGAGAUUUCACCGGAGGUACGCUUGGAUUGGCCUGGGUUGCGUCGGCUUCCGGUGCGUCAGGCGGCAUUUGCGAGAAGUACAAGACCUACACCGAAACGGUUGGUGGUCUGUACCAGAGCACCAAGCGUUCACUCAAUACCGGCAUCAUUACGUUCGUAAACUACAACACGCGUGUUCCUCCGAAGGUGUCACAACUGACACUUGCUCACGAAAUUGGACACAACUUUGGUUCACCGCAUGAUUAUCCGGCCGAAUGUCGCCCGGGUGGUAACAAUGGCAAUUACAUAAUGUUUGCAAGUGCCACGAGUGGAAUCCGGUUAAACAAUGGCAAAUUUUCGCCGUGCUCGGUGCGAAACAUUUCGAACGUGCUAGACGCGAUCGACGAAAACAAGAAGCGCAACUGCUUCCAGGCGUCGGAGGGUGCAUUCUGCGGCAACAAAAUCGUUGAGAUUGGUGAGGAGUGUGAUUGUGGUUUUAACGAGGAGGAGUGCAUGGACAAGUGCUGCUAUCCGCGCGAGAUGACCGACGCGAUGAAGAUUGAGAAUGCGACGGCCCAAAGCUGUGGACGGCGGGCCCGAACACAGUGCAGUCCAUCGCAGGGACCGUGCUGCGAUAGCAAUACCUGCCGCUUCAUCCCAUCGGAUGCGAAGGUGACGUGCAAGGAGGAGACGGAAUGUUCGUGGGGUUCGACCUGCAACGGUACGACCCCGGAGUGUCCGGAACCGAAGCCACGCGAUGACAAGACGAAGUGUAACAACGGUACACAACUGUGCAUUAAGGGUGAAUGUUCCGGAUCGAUUUGUCUGUUGUGGAAUAUGACGGAGUGUUUCCUAACGUCGAACAUCAUUCCGAACAUUGACAAACGCAAACUGUGUGAGCUGGCCUGCCAAAAUGGCAACGAUACCAAUACGUGCCGGAGUACGAGUGAAUUCGCUCGCGAGUUCGGCCUACCGGACGGUGGCUACAGUCUCCGACCCGGUUCACCAUGCGAUAACUUCCAAGGUUACUGUGAUGUGUUUCUGAAAUGCCGUGCAGUUGAUGCCGAAGGUGCACUGGUGCGGCUGAAGAAUCUGUUGUUCAACAAGAAAACGCUCCAAACGGUGGCCGAAUGGGCGACGGAGCGAUGGUAUUUGGUGUGUAUCGGCGGCAUUUGCUUCAUCAUCAUGAUGGGCAUCUUCAUCAAGUGCUGUGCAGUACAUACGCCGAGCUCCAAUCCGAAGAAAGCGGCGGCCUAUCGAAUUUCGGACACGCUGCGCCGUCCAAUGAACACGCUUCGCAUGAUGCGCCGUCACCAUCACAACGGAGCCGGACCGCGCAGUGUCCCUGUCCCACGUAAUGAACGUUCCCGAAGUGCGGGAGACAGGGGAGGCGGUGGUGGUGGACGAGGUGGCGGGGAACGAAACGGAGGUGGACGUGGUGGUGGAAGCCGAACGCGAGGUGACGGUCAUGGUGAUAUGCGCAAUGGCAGUGUCCCUGCGGGACAUAACUCUUCGUCCUCCGGCAAUAGCCGCCCGUCAAACAGUUCACGUCCGCCAGCACAUGGGUAUGGCGAAGGCCGUGGCCAACAAUACUACCCACCGAAAGGCCAUCACAACAGUAAGCAGCAACAUUCCCGCAAAGCAAAUUCCAAUCCCCGCGAAGGGGUUCGAGCCAAUCAGACGAGUGCCACAGUGGUGUACAAGAAGUAGAGUGAACAAAUUGCGCUUAACUAAAGCGACGAAAGGACAUGAAAAAUCGAACCUUGGCACCUUGGUGCGUUAGAGUGUCCCUUUCCAUUAAGUGCAAAAAAGUACAAUUCGCAGCUUGAAGCCAAAUUCUCGCAAUUUCUGUUCAGUUUCAGUUAUGUUUCUCCAGCUAACUUCAUUAUCAAUCAAUAGAAACGAAGUUAUACACCCCAGUCGCAACAAUCGAGUUCUUAGAUUUUUUUGUCAUAAAAUCAAGGAACCUUCGUCAAGUGCAGGUCAAUUUUAUGUUAACACACCACCAACUCAGAACUAUAGCCGGAUGAGCAAUGCCGAGCUAUACGCGGAAGCCUAUCCGGACCGGGGAAUGUACGAACCACCGAGACGCCCGUAUGCUAAUAAUAAGGUUUGACAAGAUCGACGCCAAACACGAGACCACCACCGUAACAAAUCGCAAACAUCCAGACGCCAGUAUCGUCGGUGCAAUCCACAGUAUCGCUACUGUUGGACGACGUCGUAAACGUGUGCUUAGUUUCAAAUAUCGGCAUCGUUUCUUCCCUUUCUUCCAAUCGUUGCUGUCGAUUUGGUUGAUGAUUUCAUUUCACACAAGCUCCUUCCAUAGAGUUUGAUCCUACGGGAAAGCAUGACGGAAGGGCGUGGAACAAAUCUAACGAUAGUGCUACGGGGGACGUAGGUAUCGCCACCUAGUUCCUUAUUUUUUUAUCAACUGUAACUUCCAAACAAACUUCAAACGUCUCCGUACUACAAUGAUUGCCACACAUUGCAGAUGUCGAAUAGAUUUCAAAAUAUUGUGAAGCGAUAAGGAAGAAGAGAAGUUCGUACGUGACCAAUGGAUUGAAUGAAUGCAACGCAAACAUAUUUUCCUUUCCAUUUAUGGGGUUAUAAAUUAAUUUAAUUUAAUAAUUCCAAAUUUUUUGUACGUGGUGCUUGUUGACGGAAUUACAUUUUUACAAAAGGACUAUAAGCUACCGUGAUAGUAAAAGCCAGAUAGUUGAGUAAAGAGAAGAGUUAUAGCUUUUUAUAUCCUGUCAUAUUUUUUCCUCUGCCCAAAAAAGCAACAGACAAAAACACUAUACCGAUAAUGAUUGGUUGCGUCAUUUAACGUUCUACAGUUCUGGCAUUUUUAUAUCUAUGUUUUCCAUUUGUAAACAGAAAAAAUGACUUUUGACUGGUUGUUAUCGUGGUUCGCAUUUGUUUUUCUUUCUUAUCUCAGACUGUAUCGAAUAUAUCUUUUUAAGCGGAAUAUAAAAGCCAUCUAUGGUAUAAGAUUGUAGUUGAGGGUUAAAAAGGGUGUGCAGAACAAAGUGGGUUAGACUGUAGAACCAUUUUGGGUUGUCGUUAGAUAUGUUCGGUUGAUGUCAGUCCGUGCAAGGGAUCAAAUGAAAAUCAUAUGAAUGAAAUGUAUGCAAAACAAUGCAUGUUUCGCAAGCCAUGUAGGGGUGUGACAAGGCAUCAAAAAGUGCGGCAUUCAGUCCGAAAUCAUGAAAAACCUUAACAAAACGAACAACUAUAAAAGUACAUUUACACACAGAACACGUUAUUCAUCUCCGGGUCCAGCAAUAUAAAAAAACGUAUGAGAAAAGCGCAUUGAAACCAUACAAUAACAGAAAAUGGGAAUGGGUUUGUAAAAAGACAAUGGUAACAAAGGUGUUGAGCAAAGCGAAACAAUGUAUGAAAAAAAAAAAAACACUCACCGAAGAAAGUGGAAAAACAGAAGAAAGAAGGGAAAUUUAAGAAAACAAAACGGUCAAAA